AAGGAGUACCGCGAGCUUUCCCGAGGGAUAAAGGACACCAUGAAGCAGCUGCCAGUCUUGGAGCCAGGAGACAAGCCUAGGAAAGCAACAUGGUCUGUAAGGAAGGAUUUGGACAUACACACACUCACACACACACAGAGUUCUUGUUUCAUUUAUAAGUAGUUUACUAACAUAUUUGAUCAUCAGCAGAAAAGGGUUGAGAUGAAAUUGUCUGCAAUUCUGGUAAUUAGACUCAAACUGUCUAAGAAUGUCUUUAGAGGAAAGCUAGGGGAGCAAUAAUUAUCAUAGAGCAGAUGUUAAUUUUAUUAAAAUCCCUUUAUGAAGAAGGGGAAGGCACUGACCAUCUGGCAUCCUCAGCUCCAAUGCUGUGUUCUCCCCUGAGAUGUGACUCAUUUUUAAGAUUUUAGGGAAUUGAAUUUGGAUUAAACAGGCUUCAGUGUUUCAUAACUAUUUGUUCAACCAACUCUUCACUCAGCAACUAACACUGGUCUGACAGGGUAGCUGCUGUGUAGGCACUGGAGGUCCAAAGGUAAACACUCUUGUGUAGUAAGGGCUGCAGACCAAGCAGGUGAUGGUGAUGAAAUGUGAUCAGUGCUGAGGUGGGGCUCACAGAAGGCUGCAGGGAAGGGGCUUGUCUCUUCAGGACAUUGAGGAGAGCUUCCAUGCAUCCAUCUUGCUCCGGACCCAACACACAUUUGAUUAUGGCAUUCUGUGGGUUAGAGAACUGGAAGUGUAGCUCAGUGAUAGAACACCAAGAUUCUUUUUUUCUUCAGUACUGGGGUUCGAACUCAGGACCUGGAGCUUGCUAGGCAGGUGCUUACCACUUAAGCCACAGUCUCCGCCCACCCACAUUCUUUAACUGUCCCAUUAGGCCCUGCAUUACCUGUUUCUGCCUGUCUUUCCAACUUCAAAUAUCUUUACUCAUUCUUUCCUCUCUUUCUCUUCCUUUAAUGUAGCUGGCAUUAUCUCAUCCAGGAACUAAAUAUGUUGGCCCCUCUUCCUGGGCCUCUCUUUCCCUCCAUCUUUCUUCUCUGUCUUUGCACAGCUAAUUUCUACAUCUACAUCAGAUUUCAGUUCAAAAUGUUGGUUCUUCAGGAAGCCUUGUCAAAGCACCCUUCCCCACUGCUAAAGUGCGUUCUUGUAGUGUCCACCCUGCACUUUUUUAUGCCACAAGCGAAGUGAAAUUGUUCAUUGUUCCUCAUCCCGGCUCUUCUGUGAGGCUGUGAAGGCAGACAAUUGGCUGUCUUUUUUGGCCUCUUAUGAGACACUUGUGUUCUUGGGUAAGCACUUUAACCUUUUAACUUUUGUAAGCCUCAGUUCCUGAGUUGCAAAACUCAAACGAUGACAAUAGUACUGAUUCUCAAUGAGCUUCUGUGCAGAUGAAAUGAAGCCAGGGUUGUAAUGUUGUAAACUGGAUGCAUGGUACAUGGGGUAUGUGAAUCUGGAUGUCAUUAGAGAUCUGGAACCCACUGGUGAACAGACAUGGGUGGUCACCAAAGCCACUAGUACAGAUAAAAUCAGGACAGUAAGCAUAGACUGAGGAAAAGGGAAUUCCAAGGAUACUGGUCAGAAGGAGGCUGACAGAAAAGGAAUCAGGGCAAGAAACAGAAAGGUGAGUAGAAACCCAAAAGGGAGAAGCCAGGUUAGGGGAAAGGUGCAAGAGGGAGGGGUCCAGAGUACCAAACAUCAUAGAGGCCAAAUAAGACAAGUCCUGAGAAACAGCUGGAGAAUUUUCUUUUCCAACCAGGAAGCUUGAAAUGUGCUUUCUCAGUUAGGGACUUUAGUGCUCAGUAGUAGAGCACUUUCCUAGCAGGCCCAAGGCCCUGACUUCCAUCCUUAUCUCUCCAAGUGCUUUGGGUCUGUAGACAUCCAAGUGAAUAUGCAUACCACUGCCACCAUUUACUAAGUCCCACUCUGCAAGACUUGGUCUGAGUCUUCACAACCACCUUUUGAGGUACACCUUGGCUCCCCCUGGAGACAGCCCCUGCCCUCGAGUUGGCCACAGCUGCUCUUAUUUACCCCCAGUUGGUGACGCCAAGAAAGGGAAGGUCUUCAUUAUCGGGGGAGCAAAUCCAAACCAAAGCUUCUCAGAUGUGCACACCAUGGAUCUGGGAACACACCAGUGGGACUUAGCCACCUGGGAGGGCCUCCUGCCCCGGUAUGAGCAUGCCAGCUUCGUUCCCUCUUGCAUGCCACACAGCAUCUGGGUAUUUGGAGGUGCUGACCAAUCCGGAAAUCGAAACUGUCUACAAGUCCUGAAUCCUGAAACCAGGACUUGGACCACUCCAGAAGUCACCUGUCCCGCACCAUCCCCAAGAACCUUCCACACGUCUUCGGCAGCCAUUGGAAACCAACUCUAUGUUUUUGGCGGUGGAGAGAGGGGCACACAGCCUGUGCAGGAUGUGAAGCUGCAUGUGUUUGACGCAACCACUCUGACCUGGUCCCAGCCAGAGACACUUGGAAAUCCUCCAUCUCCCCGGCAUGGUCAUGUGAUGGUGGCAGCGGGGACACAGCUUUUCAUUCACGGAGGCUUGGCGGGGGACACAUUCUUUGAUGAUCUCCAUUGCAUUGAUAUAAGUGACAUGAAGUGGCAGAAGCUCAAUCCUACAGGAGCUGCUCCAGCAGGCUGUGCCGCCCACUCAGCUGUGGCUGUGGGAAAACACAUAUAUAUCUUCGGAGGAAUGACUCCUACUGGAGCGCUGGAUGUAAUGUACCAGUAUCACACAGAAAAGCAGCAUUGGACCUUGCUUAAAUUUGAUACUUUGCUACCUCCUGGACGAUUGGACCAUUCCAUGUGUAUCAUUCCAUGGCCAGUGACAUCUGCCUCUGAGAAUGAAGACUCAAAUUCUGUCACUCUUAACUGUGAAGCUGAGAGAGGGGAUUCUGCUGACAAAGAAGUAACCAAAGGUGGUGACUCACAGAAGAGUCAUACUGACACACUGCUCUGUUUUGUGUUUGGUGGAAUGAAUACCGAAGGGGAAAUCUAUGAUGAUUGUAUUGUGACUGUAGUUGACUAAUAAAACCCAAACUUUUAUUACUUAUUUUCACAAAAGUAAAACUUCAGCUUUUCUAUACCCCCAAAGUAUUUCCUGCACAAUAUGUACUUACUCUUACCUACUUUGGUAGGUGAAGAGAUAGCCCAGUGCAAAAAAAAGAGUAGACAACAUGUAAGCUGCAGGCAUCAGACA